UUACUACUAUUAAUAAGAAAGAAAAAAAUGUCCUCGGCCACUAGUACGAAUAAGUCGUCACGAAGAAGAAGCGUGAAUACAAACAUAACUCAAUUCGAGAAUUUCUUUCAAGGCUGGUUAGUUCGACAGCAAGGUUAUCUGGAACAACUCCGUGACACUUUAAAAGAAUUAGUGUGUGAUGAUGAUGAUGAUGAUGAUGAUGAUGAAUCGGCAUCAAGAGGAGGAGGUGACGUUGGUGGUCUGAUAACCCGGGUUCUAGCGCAUUACCAGGAAUACUACGAGGAGAAAUCGCGUAUCGCCAACCAUGAUGUAUCCUUGGUGUUUUCUGCCCCGUGGUUUUCGUCUCUUGAAAGAAGCUUUUUUUGGAUCGCUGGUUUUAAACCCGCCUUGACCUUUCGUAUUGUCUCUCGCUGCAUUCUCGAUAUGACCCAGGAACAAUCUGAGGCAAUGGAGCGGUUGCAAGUGGAGACUGCGAUAGAGGAGAGGGAGCUUGAGAACGAGAUGGCUAGAAUUCAAGAAAGCGUAGCGGGACCAGCAAUUGUGUCAGCUACUAGAGGUGAGAUCUCGAUUGUGGACGGCAAGUAUGAUGAUCUGGAGGUAGCCAUUGAAACGUUGAAAGCCGAAAUGGAAGUCGUUUUAGGAAAUGCAGAUAUGUUGAGGUCGAGAACGGCAGAACGAGUUGUGGAGAUAUUAAUGCCGGUACAGAAUGUCAAGUUUUUGGCCGCGGUCACAGAGAUGUUUACUGAAAUGAGGAUGUGGGGAUGGCAUAUGGAAGGCGGCAGACAAUGAUAAUAAGUAGUUAUAAAACUAUAAAAAGAAAGUUAUCCUAAUCUUGCAAGUUUAGGGGUUUUUUUUCUUUCUUUUUGGGCUAUGAUUAAUUAAUUAUGUCAUAGGUUUUGAGGUUUCUUUUGUUGGUGGGAUGCAUGGGUUCCUUGUUGCAUAUAUAUAUAUAUAUGUAUAUAUAUGUAUGGCGAUGAUGGUGUUUUGUUGGAGGGUAAUUUUCUUGAAAAGAUCGUCAACAGGGCUGAUACAUUAAGAGAGUGUUUGGGUAAUUUUAAAAAUAAAUUAUGCAAUUGGUAUAAUCAGAAUCAGUACAUGAUGUAAAUU